AUGCCCGCUAAAUCCAAGGUCAGCUCCAAAGCCAAGGAAGCUGAGAGCAAGAGCAAGCAUACACAACCUGCUGCCCAGGCCCCGGAGCCCCCAAAGACGGUCAACGAGCGCUCCCUCCAACGUUACUACCAGACGAACCCUCACGAACGGAAACGGGAGGAAGCCGGUGGCCUGCACAGCCUCACACCUGCCGAACGACAGUCGUGGGUCAACGCAACUCUGGUGCGCCACGUAGCGAAUAAGGACAUUUACCUCACCAACAAGGCGGAGCGCGAGUUCUGGAAGCAGGUCAACCGCGAGAGCCCGCCGAUCCGCCGCCUCGACCGGCACAAGACCGAAAAGGGCGCCGCUGUCGUCUACGACUGGGGUAAAGACAAGAACGGCCGCGACGUCGGCGAGUACCCGCUCGAGCAGUUCGCCGCCCGGGCCGCGAAGCAGGCACAGCUCACAGCGCUCGGGGUCCUGCACCGGCGUUUCCUCCAACGGAGGGAGUUUGCGAGGAACGGAGUGACGGACGCGACAACGGGAGAGGUCACGCACAUCACCCAGGAGGACAUCCAGGAGGAGACGCAGAGACGACGAGAGAUGUCGGCCAUCAGGAAAGAGCUUUACGGUGAUAAGAUGGGCCCAUAUGCGACGGACCCGGAGUGGGACGACGUCGUGCCCAUUCCCGCCGAUGAGCCCGAGGGUGCACUGGCUACGAUCGCUUACCCGGAGGAUUACGCUGAGGUCAUGAGCUACCUCCGUGCCGUCAUGGUGGCCGAAGAGUACACCCCACGGUGCCUUCGGCUGACCGAGCACGUCAUUUCCAUGAACCCUGCGCACUACACAGUUUGGCUGUACCGCUUCAAAAUAGUUGAGACCCUCAACAUCCCGCUCGUCGAUGAGAUCGAGUGGCUGAACGCUGUCUCGCUCGAGCACAUCAAGAAUUACCAGAUCUGGCACCAUCGACAGCUGCUGCUGGACCACCACUACAAGGCCAUCAAGGCGACGCCAGACGAGGUCAAGCGUUUUGCCCGGUCCGAGGUCGAGUUUCUCACCCGCAUGCUCGAGGAGGACACCAAGAACUACCACGUGUGGAGCUAUCGGCAAUACCUCGUGCGAAAGCUGGGGCUGUGGAACCUGUCGGAGCUGCUGUCGACGCAGAACUGGAUCGAGGAGGACGUGCGCAACAACUCGGCCUGGUCGCACCGCUUCUUCCUCGUCUUUAACGACCCGGCCGCCUCCACCGAGGGCUCGCACGCGACGGAGCCUGACCCAAAGAUAUCCGCCGACGUCAUCGACCGCGAAGUGAAAUACGCUCAAGAGAAGACGCUCCUGGCGCCGCAGAAUCAGGCCGCCUGGAACUACCUGCGCGGCGUGCUGGUCAAGGGCGGGCGCAAACUCGAGGCGGCCGAGGCGUUUGCGGCACAGUUCGUUAAGGGCGUCGGCGAGGGCGACGACAAGGAGGAGGUGCGCAGCAGCCACGCGCUAGACUUCCUGGCCGAGGUGCUUGCGGAAAAGGGACAAAAGGCCGAGGCGGUAAAGUACCUCGACCGGCUGGCGGAAAGGUGGGAUCCCGUGAGGGCGGGGUACUGGAAAUAUAGGAAGCAGCAGCUGGAGUAG